AUGCAAUUUACAAGUGAUUUCGAAAACUUGCAAAUGUAUUGGCAUGUCGGUUUGCUUAGUUCGGAACAUGCGCUCAACAAUCCAAAGGUAAAAUCAUUGAUCGCCAGUCAGAAUUUGGAAUUCGAUCUGAUUGUGUUGGAACAAUUCUAUCACGAGAGUUUCCUAAUGUUUGCGCAUAAGUUCAAGUGUCCCGUUGUUACAUUGGGCACCAUGGGUUAUGCGGAUAAUAUGGAUCACGCUAUGGGUCUGCUAACACCAUGGGCUAUCGUGCCACAUUUGCUGGUCUCCUACACGGAUCAAAUGUCAUUUGCGCAACGUGCAUAUAACGCAUAUUUGUCGCUGUACGAUGCGGCGUUGAGACGCUGGUAUUAUCUGCCACAAAUGCAAGAGAUGGCUGAGCGACACUUCAGCGGCCACAUUGAUGGUCCACUGCCGCAUGUCAGCACGUUGGAGAAAAAUAUUUCGUUAAUGUUGAUCAACAGUCAUCGCAGCACGGAUGUGCCACGCCCCAGCAUGCCUGGUCUAAUCGAUGUGGCUGGUGUGCAUAUCAAGCCCGCGAAGCCUUUGCCCGAUGAUCUACAGAACUUCUUAGAUAACUCGACGCACGGUGUGAUCUACUUUAGUGUGGGUUCCUACAUGAAGAGCACAGAUAUGCCGCUGGAAAAGGUCAAUGUCAUACUGAAUGCCUUUAGCCAACUCAAGCAGAAUGUGUUGUGGAAAUUCGAAAAUUCGUCAAUUGGUCAUCUGCCGCCGAAUGUGAAAAUCCAAAGUUGGUUACCUCAAAACGACAUUCUCGCUCAUCCGAAUGUGAAAGUCUUCAUUACACACGGUGGCAUUUUCGGCACGCAGGAGGCCAUUCAUUGGGGCGUACCAAUGCUGUGCAUACCCUUCUAUGGGGACCAACAUCGCAACUCAAUGCGUUCGGUGCAGGCCGGCUAUGCGC